UGUAUAAGUUAAUGCGCUCUGUUUUUCGAACAUGUUUUUUUUUAUUUAUCUCACGAAAAAUUGAAAUUAAUGUGGACUGAUCAGACAAAGUGACAAAACAACGUUACAUAGUUGACAACUGCUUAACACAAACAGAGCCGUCGAGCUUACAUGGAUUCCGGCGUUGAGCGGGCCCUUUUUUCCUUAACAAGUCCCUUUUACCAUUUUUUUUAUUAAAUAAAUGAUAUAAGUAGAAAGUGUUUUUAUUAGUAAAAAGCAACCGUAACAAUUUUACUUUUUCAGUAAAAAUAACAUUAAUUUAUAAGAGUUUUUAUAGCCCCUAAAGUUUUCUCUGGGCUCGGGGACCUCUCGAAAGCCCUGAAUACAAAGCAGAAAUCUCAUCCGACCUUUCUUUCGUAGGCUAGAAGAAGAGUAACGUAGCUGCGAUGUAGCGAAACAUAGUAGCGUGACGAUGUGUUAUUUAUCAUUAAAGAUAUAUUGUCUCGCAGACCUGUAUUUAAUGAUAUGAAUCUGUAUUUACUGAUUCUGGUUACUAUUUUAACCUGUUAUUGGUGACGAUAUACACUCUAAUUUCGGGACAUUAUUAGAGUGUAUAUUAUUUAUAAAAACUGUAGAUUAUAAAGGACAUAGUGAUUACUGCAUUAAAAACAGCAAUUGAAUGAAAAGAAAAUAUAAAAAGAAUUGCCAGAAGGAAUUUCUUAGUAAGUCUAAUAAAGAAUCAUUGUGUAUUUAACCCAAUCUGCUUAGGCAUAUUUUUCUAUUUGACAGUAUUUAAACACCGUGUUUGUUAUCUUGAGAAACAGAAUAUUUUUCUAUAAUUCUCAGAAAUAGUCUAUAAAAUAUAUAUUAUGGGUUUAAUAAACUUUACUUUCUGAGAACUCCUAUUUGUUUUUUAUUCCAGUAAUAAUUUAUAACAAACAGUGCAACAGAAUUUUCAACGAUUUGUUUUUUAUGCGUAGUUGCGUGGUAAUGCUCUUUACUUUCAGGGCCCGGUUUGAACAUGAGCUAAUCAAGCUGAAGCUUAGGGACUCUCGUGGGCCUCACAUUUUUAUAUGUAUCAUUACUUGAUAAUGUGUUACAGCUUAGGGCCACAACAUAUCUAAGUCUAAUCCCGUUUGCUUUCUUUAAAGUAUUUAAAUAGUAAAUAUAAAUUGAUAGAAUUAUUAUAUUUAAAUAUAGUAUUUUUAAUGUAAUUAGUGUAGGCCUAUACAGUUAUUCUAUCAUUGUAUUAUUAAAAUAUAUAAUAACGUUAUAUAGCAUAAUACAAUAAUAAUCAUCUAUUAGAAUUAAUUUAGAUUAUUAACUGCAAUAAAUCGGCAUAUUCUUUUACGAGAUAGGAUAAUCAAACAGGAUGUUUAUGAUGCUUAAAGUUUAUUGUAUCUUAUUUAAAAACUAACGAUGACAUCAUUCAUACACAUCACGUGAAAUACGUCUUCAUUUAAUAAAUUUUGUCUCGUGAAAGGAAGAAAAAUGUCAUGACGUAAGAUAUGAUCUGAGAAGAAUAAUUACAUUUAUUAUCAUUUAACAUAAAGCUACUUUAAUUUAUUGGAAAAUACGAUUAUGCUUUUUGUUUAACUUUUUUAAAAUAUUUCCACUAAAUUUAAAUAUUACGAAUCUGUUUUAAAUAGUUUCUGAACGCGUAAAGUUGACAUUCGUUGUGUUAACCACGUGCUUCUCUUUAAUGUCACGUGCGCAUACUCUACAUUCGGGCAUCUCCCACUUGUACGUGAUUGUUGCUCAUUGACUAAUCAAGAUGCUACUUGUUCUUUUUAUUAUUCUUACUUUUAUUGAAGAAGGCUCGUGUUUUAAUUACGAAUUUAACUAUAAAAAUUGCAAUUUUAUAUAUCCGGUGCUGAUAAAUCCGAGAGAACGUUCAACGGCUCUAAAACAAGCUCAAUCUACAGAUCUGAAUCCAUUCAAGAUUUCACUUUCUUCGAAUGAAUAUCAUACGAAUAAAAUCAUUAAAGUUACGAUAAAAGGUCAAAUAAAUGCUAAAUUUUUUAUACAAAUUCGUUCGUUACUGGAUAAUAAAACGGUCGGUUCUUUUACGAGUUGGCAUGGAGGUCAAUUGGGGAAUCCUCUAUGUGAUCUUAAAAGUUCUGUUGGUGUUAUGAAACUACCAAAAUUAACAUUAAAAUGGAAAGCUCCUUCGCUUCCUUUAGGUAAUUUGAGAGUUGUGGGUACUUUCAUUUACUCUAAUAAAUAUUGGGUUAUAACUGAUGGCCCGAAGAUUUACGAAGGAGUGAAUCGCAGAUUAGUAAGGAAAUUAAGAAAUUCCGAUUGCUAUAAUUGCUAUAGUUAUACAAAAGAAGGUGAACGAUGUAAUUCUGCUCCUUGUGAUUAUAUACUGAGAUACGAAAUAAUGGAUGAUCGAAUUGCUAAAUUUGCUUUGGAUUCGCCUCUUAAACCUUAUUCGUAUAUUGGAAUAGCUUUUACGAGAAAUACAGAAAAAAUGUGAAUACAGGUGUAGAAUGUGAAAUUGAGGAUCAAACUGAGUACUGUAUCUUGUCGAAGAAUUAUGAAGAAUGUUUGCAACCGGAAUGUUUGCUUUUAUACCGGAAAUUCGUUAGAAAGCAACAUAAUACACACAAUGAUGCAAUGACAGCAGCGCUAAAUUUCGCUCUAACGGGUGAAUUUUGAAGUAAAACUUUUUUACGAAAAUCGAAACCUCAUACUCAGGACACCAAAU